AACUGCAUCCCGAACAUGCGCUGUUGGAAUUUGAGGCGUUUCCGAGUAUGUUGACUAGAUUUCCGGGCAGGGGGCCGAGUGUGAAUCCUAAAGAACUGCCUGGAUUCCCGGCGCGGGCCCGAGUGGAUUCCUGGAGAGAAGCAAAGCUUUUCUUGAACAUUCCUGCCCAGAAACUGAUCUGAAGAGAACAAGCAGAAAGUUUUGAGUGAGGGCUGAGAUGACUUCAGCCGUGGGCUGCCCGAUUUCUGCUCCUCAGGAGUCGGAGGGGCUCCUGAUAGUCAAGCUGGAGGAAGACUGCUCUUCGGGGCAGGAAAUCUCCAUAGCAGAUCAUAGAACAAGCCCCGAGAUCUACCACCAGUGCUUCAGGCAUUUCUGCUACCAACAAGCAGCUGGACCUCGACAGGCUUUCAUCCAACUCCAGGAGCUUUGCCAUCGCUGGCUCAGGCCCGAGAUACACUCCAAGGAGCAGAUCUUAGAGUUGCUGGUAUUGGAGCAGUUUUUGACCAUCCUCCCUGGAGACAUCCAAGCUAGGGUACGGGAGCAACAUCCAGAGAGUGGGGAAGAGGCAGUGACGCUUGUGGAGGAAUUGCAGAAAGAACAUGAGAGAUGCAGGCAGCAGGUUACAAUCCAUGGGCAGGGACAAGCAGUGCCUUUGAAAGAGACCUCACCACUGAGAGCAGCACAGGAACCACCAAACUUCAAGCUGGAGCCAUCAGAUAUUGAGCAGAGCCCUUGCCUUGGACUACAGGAGCUGCUGGGCCCUAGCCCUAAUGGGGGACCUCAGUCUCUACAGGAGAGGGCAUCAUCUACUCCCUGGGUUUCUAUACUUCCUUCAAAGGCAGAAGGCACCAAAGAGAAAGAGACAACGGGGUCCCAGUUGCCUGAGACUUUUGAGGAUGUGGCAAUAUACCUCUCUCAGGAGGAAUGGGGGCAUCAGGAACUCAGUAAGAAGGCUCUUUCCAGAGAAGCCAUGCAGGAAAAUGAGCAUGUGGUUGCAUUAGAAUCUCACAUUUCCAGUCAGGAUCCAGCCACUCUAGUAGAACAAAAAGAAAAGUCAUGGGAUCCCAGUCUUCAGUGUGUCAAGGAGCAAGAGUGUACCAGAAUCUCUUCUAUAGCAGAAGAGAAGAAAGAAAAUAAGGAAGAGAAUUCUCCUUCUGAACAUUUUGUGGAAAAACAGCCUCAAGAAAUGCCCUCAGGCCAUUCAGAAAUAGAGGUUUGCUGGAAUCCUGAGCAGGACAAAUCAGAAGGACAAUAUACUCCUUCUUCGGAGGAGAGACUGGGAAAAUCCACAGCUUGGGCAUUAGGUUCCAGUGAAUUGAUAAGACCAAAGAAACCUCAUCCAGGAGAGAAACUACACAAAUGUCCUAGUCUGGGGGCAACAGAGGGAUCAGCAGGUGCACUCUGUGACUUCAGAGAAGAAUUUUAUGUGGUAGAUGAAGAGCCAUACAGGAGAAAAGUCCUAUCCUAUUCAAGAGUUCCUGAAUCAGUUGUCUUUUCCUGGGUAAGAUGCUGGACAGAUGUCCAGGAAGAUGAGUGUGAAUUCACUAAGACAAGAAUAUUGAGUAGCCUGGGUAUAUUGAGGGUCAUGGGAAAUGAGGAAUAGAGGUCACAGACUGGUUCUUCUAUACUUUUCCGAAGUUGUCCAGAUUAAGUUGUGGAGCAAACUAUCCUCCACUGAAGGUGCAUUAGAGUGAUCAACAUGUCUUAAAGAGUUAUAAACCUAUAUAUUUUAACAUUAAUACCCCUUGUUAACCCCAGUUGGAACCUACUUUCUUUGCCUUACUUUAGGCUGAUGACUCUUUGUAUUAUCUUUCUGGAGGGAUCUGGAAAGUUCUGAUAAAAAUCCUAACAAUUAGAUUUAUUCUGUGUCCGUGACUAGUAUAUACUGAGGCUAGAACAUUAUGAAAGGCCAUGUGUAAGCCCAAGACCUCUUAAUCUCAUACUGGACUUAUCACAAAGCCAUUAAAAGGAAUAUUUUUACUACCUUCUAUGAACUUGAUGUAAUAAAGUCAAAUAUCUUUCAUCUGACUCCUUCUUUUCAGUCUUAACAGUAAUAAACAGUAUGAAGAAACUGAGAUAAGAUAGAUGAUGUCAUAAGUCUUAUAAUAAUAGGCCAUUUUGGUGGUUUUUAAAUAUUUUCCAGGAAGAAAAUUUGGUUAUUCCUGACCAUAAGCUUGAAAUAUUUAAAUUCCCUAAAAUCAUAAAAGUGAAAAGGAGACUUUGGGUGAAGAGAGUUCAACAAUUAGUGUCCUGGGAGAGAAUAUGUCUUAGUAAGGAACAAGGGUCUAUGUUGUGAUGAAGGAUUGGGGGAUGUUCCUGUGUUUCCAUGAAGAGGUACAAUACUUCCUUUUUUUCCCCCCCUAACCCAGAAAUGUAUCUCUGAAGCUACUCUGAGGAACUGGUCUGCAAGCAAUUUGUUAAAAGCCUAUUAUCUAUGUAGUUCUAUACUAGGUAUUAGGGACUUCAAGACCCAAAAUGAAAUAUCCUUUUCCUCAAGGCACUUAUAUUCAGUAAGGAUAGAUGUUUCAAUGGAAGAAAGCAAUGGCAAAUUCACUGGUGAUGGACAAUCCAAAGACAUUUUCUUAAACUUCCUUUUGCUCAGCAAUAUUCUCAGUGCUGCAAUUUUCUUAUCUUCUCUGAAUUUCAAUAUCAGUCAAUUUUUUGUUAUUUCUUUUAUUUCUGCUUUUUUCCCCUUCCAUUAGUUUAUAAUAGUUCUUAAUCGUUUUUCUUCCCCCAUUGAUUUAAUUUUCAGGCCACAUUUAGUGCUUACUCUGUACAAAGUAUGGGGAGAUGUAAAGAAAAAAGUCCCUCAUCCCAAGAAGUCUGUAUCCUAUCCUUCUGUGAGCUUUGAUUUUCACAUUGACAUUUUCUUGUCCUCAAUUUUUCUCCAUAAUUCCUUUUGAUAAGGAAUUUGAUAAGCUGAAUUGACUGACCCCUUUUUUGACUUAGAGAGGACUCCUUUAUUCAAACAAUGGUACAAAGAUUAUUUGGACUUUUGAGUUUUUCUUUGAUGCCUACUAAUAAUUGGAAUCCCCAGGAAUCUUGAAAACUAUAACAAAAUAUAUUUAUUCCACUUGAACAUAACGUGGUUCAGAUAAGAGGAAUAGAUUGUAAUUAGGCUAAACGAUAGGAUCACAAGUAGUUGAGUCAAUUACUCUAUAAGCAUUCAUUAAGUUCUUGUCAUCAGACAAUAUUAGGAGCUGGGGAUAUAAUUGUCACAAAUGAUAAAAUAAAAGAUUGUAGAUUAUUCCUCAGGAAAUAGAAGUUGGGAAGUGAGAGGAGAAAAAAGUCAGUUAAAAAAGCAGAAAGCUGGAGAAAUGUGCACUAGUAAGAAACAAAGGGAAGACGGAAAUUGCAGGAUGUAGUAAGUGAGCAGCAGAACUGAGGGAGAAAGGAUAUGCUGCCCAAUUGACUAACCCAAUUCUCUCACUUCUGGGUAAGCAGCUCCCAACAUAGAUAUUGCUUAAUGCUGCCUUCCUCAGUAAUUUCAACUGGGUUGGGUACAUGGCAUUUACAAUUUAGGUACUGGGUUGCUGGAGCAUUUUCUCUCCAAUGGUUUGAUUUUAACAUAUCAGAAACAACUUUCUCCAUUUUCCUGCUGUGGAUUCUUCUUGGUUUUUCAUAUAAUGCCCGGUCCUCUUGGGCAAUGUUUCUACCAGUUUAUUUUUCAUGAUUAAAAAAAGUAUAUCACCAUUACAAAUAUCUACUUGACAGAAUUUGUGAACAUUUAAAAAAUAUAUUAAAUAUAAAUAAUAAAAACUUCUUUUAUUCUAUGGUAAAAACUUGGAGAGACAUUCCCAAAUUUCACCUUAUAAACAAAAUCUUGCAGUUUCAAAGCAAACAGUAAAUAUAAUUAUUAUCCCACUGAAGUAGUAAUACACUUAGGUUUUGAUUAUUUUAAUGGUUAUUUUUAUCAAUGGUAAAUAGAGUUAUUACAGAAUAAAUGCAGUAAGCUACUGGCUUACUGGCUAUAGCCUUCAAAUGUUUAAUUCUGUACUUCUACAUACAACCCAUUCAUUACAAUAGAAAAUUUAGAACUGUAUCUGGCAGAGUGUAAGAAUUCUGAAUGGAAAUCCAAUUGUGAAAAACUUAUCAAAGCCCCAUCUACUGAAUGAACAAUGCUUGAUGGGAAUCCUUUUUUGGAGUAAUGACAGCAAAACUCAUUGUUCACACACACAUGCACUCAUGUAGGUAUGCACAAAUCUAUAAUAUAGUGUAUAUACUGCUAAAAACAUUGCUUUGGAAGACCUCUCAAUUCUAGACCUGGAUUUUACACAAACCAGCUGUGAGACCUCAUUUGGUCUGUCUGGGCUUCAUUUUUUAAAAGAGAGGGGUGCAAUAAAUAGUGUUUAAGAUCCCUUUCAACUGUGAAAUUUUAUCAUUCCCUUUGAACCAGGUUGACAACCUUGCAAAAUACGGACAAUGGAUGCAGUGGUCUUUAAGUAUCAAUCCCAUCAGAGCAUCCAUAGGCCCAUAGCAGGCACUACGAUGGGAGCAGGUGCUAACUAGCAACUUCAUUGAUCAUACCAGUUCUAGUUUAUAGACCUAGUUAGAUUGGUUCAUCAUAUUUCAAGAAAUCUUAAAAGAAAACUGCUCAUACCUCUUAGAAAUAGCUGGUAUAAUUCUACUGGUCACCUCCUGAAAGAAGUCUCAAAUUGAAAUCUCCCAGGAAUGCUAUAAGCCAAAAUCCAGAAUCUCCAAGUCAAAGAAAAAAAUAUUCCUAGCAACUAGAAAGAAUCCAAGUUUCAAGGAUCUAGUCAAAAUUAUAUAUGAUUUAUUAGCCGUUACUAUUAAGUGAACUUGGAAUGUGAUAUUUAAGAAGGCAAAGGAUCUAAACUUACAACCAAGAAUAGCUUACUCAAGCAAAACUGAAAAAAUGAAGCUUUAAUGAAAUAGAGGACUUGUAAGUAUUCCUGUUGAAGAAACUUUGAAAUUCAGACAGCAUUUAAGUGAAAAUACAAAACCAUGAAUAAAUAUAAAAGACUAAACAGUGAUAAUUUGUUUAUAUUUUAAUAUGAAAUAUUAGCAAGAUAGCAAGAAAGCUAUCAUCAAGGUCAUAAUUAGACAAGACUUGGGAGUGGUUUUAUUAUGUCUUGAUCUUAAUAAAAAGUGAGGGGAAAAGGAAAAUUUUAGUGGGGGGAGUUAAGGAAAAGAAGAAUUAAGGAAAAUUAGUUCACAUAAUCAGAAUAUGUAAUCAUUAUACAAAGAAGAAGCAGUGGGGAGAGUUCUCCCUUAAACCUACUCUCAUAUGAACUGGUCAAAGGAGGAAAGAAUACAUAUUCACACAGAGAGUUGGGUGUAGAAAUGAAUUUCAUUCAAUAGGGAAAUAGGAAAAGGGGAGUGGAAGAAAGGGAAUUAGAGAAAAGGGAAGGGAAGGAUUAGUUCUGAGCAAAACUAAGGAUGUACAGGAAUAUUUAUAGCUCUUUUGAGAUGGCAAAAAAUGGGAAUCUGAGGUGCUACCAAUAAAUGGGGAAUGGAUGAACAAGUUAUGAUAUAUAAAUAUGAUUGAAUAAUAUUAUUUAUACUGUAAGAAAUGAUAAAGUGGUUGGUUUAAGAGAAAUCUGAGAGGAUCAGUCAAUAUUUCCACAACAAACAAUUUUCUUCACCAAUGACAGAAUUACUACAACUCAAUAUAUGCAACAUGAUGAAACAAAAGUGAUGCAAAGUAAAAUAAAGAUGGGAAGAGCUUCUGACCAAAUAUACACAGAAGAGGUCUAGCUUGGACUGAUGUAAUUUUGAAGACUCUUAAGGCGUUUGAAAGAGGAAAAGCUACUAGAUAGGCAGAAAUCCUAAGCAUCAAUUAUAACAGAAAAAUAUUUCAAUAAUUGCCAACCCUUAUGCCUAUUUUAUAAAAUUGAGAUAAGGAAAAAAAACUUAACAGUAGCCUGCUAGAACUUUGUAGGUUAUACAAAAGCCUCGAGCUUUAUAUAAUAAAUAUUUCCUCCAAGAUAAGUAUAUUCCCCUGGCACCUUCAACACAGACAGUGGAUAUGAUAAAUACUGAAAAAAUGUUGGGAAGGCAAGAAAUAGAAUGUGUAUUAUACAUAUGAAGUCAUGCAAAACAUUUCUGAAAUGGACAUGAAUUUCCUUGUUUAUCUCUUUUUAUUUUUUGAAUGUUU